AUGUUGGAGGAGUACCUCAAUCCUCGGCCCAAGAAUGUCGAGGCGGCGGAGGACGUGAUCGGCGGUGGUGCAUCCAUCAUGCCCUACCACGAGGACUUCCAGGCCGAGAGCGCCUCCAAGGGCAAGGUGCUGAGGAAGUCAGUCAAGGAGGCCCUGCCCUUGCGCGCCUCCGACCUCUCCAUGGGCACGCGCUACCACGGCAGCAAGGUGUCGCGCAAGGACCUCGAGGAAGAGGGCUGGGAGGUGGAGGAGAGCUCCGCCGAAGAAGACGACGACGACGACGACGAUGAGGAGGAAGAGGAAGAGAAGGCCCAGAAGCACCCGUUUGAUCAUGAGGAGGAUGGUGAGAUGAUGGAGGACGAGGACGAGGACGACGAUGAGGAAGGCGCGUCCAUGGGUGCUGGUGACGAGAAUGAUGAUGAGGCUGACGAAGACAGCGAGGAGGAGAUCGAGAUCGGUCGAGGCGGCAAGAUCGUCAUCAAGCAGAAGGGCGCCGCGACCACCUCCUCGCCAAACAAGAGAAAGCGAGCCGAGAAUGACGAUGAUGGCGAAGACGAUGACCAAAACGGAGAUGAGCUGGACGACAGCGAGGGCGAAUUCGACGAUGAAGGCGAGGACGACGACGAUGACAUUGAAGGUAUGGACAUGAUGAGCGAGAUGCAACAGGAGGGCGAAGAGAAGCUGGAGAAGGAGCUGCAGAAGCUCAAGGAGGAGGAAAAGCGCGCCGUCACAUCCAUCAGGUCGGACAACCGCAAGGAGCUCGAGAAGGCCAUUCACACGAAGAACCAGAAGCUGCUGUGGAACAGCUUCAUGGAGAUGCGCAUUUCGUUUCAGCAGAUGCUCACGCUGGCCAACAGGCUCCCACACCCGAAGGCCUACUCGCUCUUCAUGUCCCCCGCCGCCGCGCUCGGCGAGAAGAAGUCGCAAAAGCGACAGAGCAAGAAGCAUAAGAAGAACGAAGAAAACGAAGACGACGAAGAAGACGCCGAGGAGAACGAAGAGAACGAGGAGGUGGACGAGGAGCAGGAGGGCAAGAGCCAGAAGCUCAAGGCGGGACUGGCCGAGGCGUCGUCUUCGCUCGCCUCGCUUUUCGAUGGCCUCUUCUCCGCGAAGAAGACGCUGCUCGCCGGCAACGAUUCGUUUGCGCCGGUGUUGGCCGACGCCAGCAAGCACAACGACGACGACGACCAUCUGACCCUCGGCGAGAACGGGGAGGCCAACGGCAGUGGAAAGAGUGUGGAGCCCAAGUGGGAGGAGUUUCUUGCUGUCGAGGAGAACCUGUGGAAGAGGACCGACGAGGUGAUCGACAGAUGGAACAGGAAGACGAUGCUAUCGCAGGGCAUCAUGCAGAAGGAGUUCAAGGCCAUCAACCGAACGGUGCUCAACCAGAUCUCGCAGUUGAUGGCCGACCAGCACCGGUUGGUCAAGCGCACCCAACUGAAGCGGUCGUCGGCCAAGGUGAUCGGCGCUGCCCUUUACCCCCAAAAGCCCAAGGAGGAGGAAGCUGCAGCUCCCGCACCGGACGGCGUGCCCGAAGAUGGAAAGAAGAAGAAGGAAAGGGAGGAAGAGUACGACGAGGAGAUCUUCGAUGACUCCGAUUUCUAUCAUCAACUGCUCCGAGAGCUCGUGGAAAGCGGAACGGCGAACGUGACCGAUCCCAUCGCGCUGGGCCGAAGUCACGCCCAGCUGCGCCGCAUGCUUCGGAAGAACAAGAAGAAGGACGUCGACCAGAAGGCGUCCAAGGGCAGGAAGCUGCGAUACGACGUGAUGGCGCCGCUGGUGAACUUCAUGCCGGCCAUCACCACGACCCAGCAGGUGACGCCCAUGGCCGAGGAGCUCUUCUCCCACCUCUUCUCCUCCUAG